UGCACAGACACGGCGAUCACUGACACAAAGGAGAGCGAGGAGGCAGUCAGGAUCUCCGGAUUACGCGACAGUAACGUUUUCCUUUUGCCUUUAUGUGGACUGAAAAGUGACAGUGACGUCCUGAGAUUUAGUAUGAGUUUGACAGACUUUCUGGGUUAACCGGACUCCCUUACGAAGCGCAAGUUUUCUGUCAGUUUUGUCCUGGACUGAUUGCGCACAAAAGGCAACGAUGGAGGUGCGCGUCCCGGGUUGGUGCGCCCUGUUUGUCCUCAUCCUGCACUCAACGCGCUGCAAGGCGGCCAAGGAGCUCCAGUGCCAGGAGAUAUCCGUCCCUCUGUGCAAAGGAAUCGGGUACAACUACACCUACAUGCCCAACCAGUUCAACCACGACACCCAGGACGAAGCCGGGCUGGAGGUGCACCAGUUCUGGCCGCUGGUGGAGAUAAAGUGCUCCCCGGACCUGCGCUUCUUCCUCUGCAGCAUGUACACGCCGAUCUGUCUGGAAGAUUAUAAGAAGCCGCUGCCGCCGUGCAGGAGCGUGUGUGAGCGGGCCAAGGCUGGCUGCGCGCCGCUCAUGAGCCAGUACGGCUUCCCGUGGCCGGACCGAAUGAGGUGCGACCUGCUGCCCGAGCAGGGCGACCAGGACACUCUGUGCAUGGACUACCACCGGAGCCAGACCACCACCGCAUCUCCCGUGCUGGCCAAGCCGACCAACCGGCCGCUGAAGCCGUACAACAAGAAGAAGAGCGGCUACGGUCGAGGCUUCCCUGGAAAACACAAACCUGCCGCUUCUCCCUGCGAGACGGGCUGCUUCUGCCGCGCGCCCAUGGUGCCCGUCACCUCAGAGGGUCACCCGCUGCACAACCGCGUCAAAACCGGACAGAUCACCAACUGCGCCAUGCCGUGCCACAACCCGUACUUCACCCAGGAGGAACGGACUUUCACGGCGUUCUGGAUCGGAUUGUGGUCCGUCCUCUGCUUCAUCUCAACUUUUGCAACAGUGGCAACUUUCCUCAUAGACAUGGAGAGGUUCAAGUACCCGGAGCGGCCCAUCAUCUUCCUCUCUGCCUGCUACAUGUUCGUGUCGGUGGGAUAUAUCGUCAGGCUGAUCGCCGGACAUGAGGAAGUGGCUUGCAGCAGGGAGAGCGGCGCAGAGCACAUCCACUAUGAGACCACGGGUCCUGCGCUCUGCACCAUCGUCUUCCUGCUCAUCUACUUCUUCGGCAUGGCCAGCUCCAUCUGGUGGGUGAUUCUGUCCCUCACCUGGUUCCUGGCGGCAGGUAUGAAGUGGGGGAACGAGGCGAUAGCCAGCUACUCUCAGUACUUCCACAUGGCCGCCUGGCUCAUCCCCAGCCUGAAGUCCAUAACGGUUCUGGCGCUCAGCUCGGUGGACGGGGACUCCGUGGCUGGGGUCUGCUACGUGGGGAACCAGAACCUGGAUAACCUGCGGGGGUUUGUGCUUGCCCCCCUGGUCAUCUACCUCUUCAUCGGCACCAUGUUCCUUCUGGCCGGGUUCGUCUCCCUUUUCCGCAUCCGGAGCGUUAUAAAGCAAGGCGGCACCAAGACUGACAAACUGGAGCGCCUUAUGAUCCGGAUUGGCGUUUUCACCGUUCUUUACACCGUCCCGGCCACCGUCAUAGUGGCAUGCUACUUUUACGAGCAGCACAACAGGCAAACGUGGGAAAUUACGCAUAACUGUACGUGCGUAACGGACCGCAGCAGGCAGAGGCCGGACUAUGCCGUGUUCAUGCUGAAGUACUUCAUGUGUCUCCUGGUGGGGAUCACCUCGGGGGCCUGGAUCUGGUCAGGGAAGACCCUGGAGUCCUGGCGGACAUUUUGCACGCGCUGCUGCUGGGGGAGCAAAGCGUCAGCGGGUUCCAUGUACAGCGACGUGAGUACCGGACUGACCUGGAGAUCCGGGACGGCCAGCUCAGUGUCCUGCCCCAAACAGAUGCCUCUGUCCCGGGUCUGAGCACGGCUGAUGAGGGUGGACGGACGCCUAAAACUGUUUUUUUUUUUAAAGAAAAACGAAAGAAAA